CCAGUCGGCUGUAUUUUGCAGUUACACAUUUUCAAAAUGGCUUCCAAAGAAGGACCGGUGUGUCAGAUUUUCUCGUUCCAGGACUGGAAAGCCUCUCCUGAUCCGAUUUUUGAGCUCCCCGCACAGUAUCUGACCCCCACACCCUCUCCUAUAGUGAUAGAUAACGGCUCCUUCCAGACCCGGGCCGGCUGGGCGGCUCCGGGGGCCGAGCUCGACCCUCCGCGGCUCCUGUUCAAGUCGGUGGCGGCGCGAAGCAGAGGCGCUGCCCGCAGUGAGACCCAGAUCGGUAACGACAUCCCCAAUUUGGAGCCGCUGCGGUGGUUGCUGAAGAGCCAGUUUGACCGAAACGUGGUGGUCAACUUUGAAAUCCAGGAGCUCAUCUUCGACUAUGUGUUUACACACCUGGGCAUCACGUCAGAGGGUAGUGUGGAUCACCCCAUUGUGCUGACAGAGGCGCCCUGCAACCCACUGCACUGCCGCCAGAUGAUGUCAGAGCUGCUUUUUGAGUGCUACAGCGUCCCAUACGUCUCCUACGGUGUGGAUUCCUUGUACAGUUUCUACCACAAUAACAAUCAGAGGAAGCUCCAGUCACCACACACGGGCAUCGUUCUGUCCUCAGGGUACCAUUGCUCACACAUCCUGCCGGUUAUUAAUGGCAGGUUGGAUGCUGUAAAUUGUAAGCGUGUGAAUGUGGCUGGGAGCCAGGCAGCGUCCUACCUGCAGCGCCUCCUGCAGCUGAAAUACCCAGGUCACCUUGCUGCCAUCACGCUCAGCCGCAUGGAGGAGCUGCUGCAUGAGCACAGCUACACCGCUGUGGAUUAUCAUGAAGAGCUGGAAAAGUGGCGCAGCCCAGAGUUUUACGAGCGGGAAGUUCACCGUAUGCAGCUUCCGUUUUCGAGUAAGGUGCCGGGGGGCUGUGUGAGUGUAGAGGAGCGGCAAGAGAGACGAGCUCAGCAACUUCGACGACUUCAAGAGAUUAAUGCUCGCCGCCGAGAGGAGAAGCUGCAGCAGGACCAAGAGAGGCUGGACAGACUCUUAGCAGUACAGGAGCUGCUGGAGGACGGCCUGCUGGAUCAGUUUCACAAGAGUCUGGUGGAGCUUAAUAUGGAUUCAGCCGAGGAGUUGCAGUCGUACAUCAACAAAUUGCAGCUGGCUGUAGAGCAGGGUAGACAGAAGCUGCUGCACAGUGAUGGAGCAGAGGGAAAGGCGGAGGUGUCAGAGCUGGAACAGCCGAUGGACGAGACAGAUGGAGUGGCACUGAUGGAUUCUGACUUCCCUGAGGACUCGCUGCCAGAAAAACCUGCUAAUGUGGUUCAGCCCGUGUUUAACAUGGCGGAGUACCACCAGCUCUUUGUGGGGACGGAGCGUCUGCGGUGUCCAGAGAUUUUGUUCCAGCCCUCGCUGACUGGAGAGGAGCAGAUGGGACUGAUGGAGACUCUGCAAUAUGUUUUGGCCAGGUACACUCCAGAGCAGCAGGAGGCGCUAGUGAGCAAUGUAUUUCUGACCGGAGGGAACAUGCAGUAUCCUGGCAUGAAAGAGAGAGUAGAGCGAGAACUGCUGGCCAUGAGACCCUUCCAGUCACAAUUCAAGGUGACCAUGGCGUCUUGUCCAGCCUUGGAUGCCUGGCAUGGAGCACGAGGCUGGGCGUUGGAGCACCCUCCUGGAGCAGGGUCGGAGGGAUGGAUCAGCAGACAGGACUACGAGGAGAAAGGAGGCGAGUAUCUGAGCGAGCACUGCGCCUCCAACGCUUUCGUUCCCAUGAAGAUCGCUAAACCCGCUCGCCCUGCUGAGCCAUCCGUUACAAUGCAAGCAUCAACAGAAGCUCCUGCUGCCAUCACCAUGGUUACGUCAGACCCGACCCCCUCCUCCUCCUCUGCUAGUGCUGUUGCUGAUGUUACCAUGGUUACCACGUGAUGCAAACCUCUCUGAUAUCCCCCCCCCACGUGUCCGAAAUUCAGGAAUAAUUUCAGGAUGAAGUGAAGGGUUUCACUUUGUCCUCUUUCCUUCAGCUCGACUCCGAUCGUGCUUUUUCAACAACCGCCAGGAAGCUGCUGUCAGUCCUGCUGAA